AUGAGGUCUUCGUUCGUUCUUUCCGCCGCUGCGGCCUUCGCUGUGGUCGGAGCUCAAGACAUCGACUUCGCUGGAGUCGAUGCCACGCCUGACCCAAUUAUCAACAUCAUCCCUGGUUUGAAAGAGCAGGAAGUCCCUUUCAAUAAGGCUGAGGCUAUUGCAGACGUUGUCUCUCAGGUCAUCGCCGAUCCGCUUGAUGUUAAGCCUUUGUCGGAGCCUUCAGCCGUACCGGAUGUCAAGCGACAUCUGAAACGGGCAGCAUGUGACCCCGAGCCUAGCAAUCCUAACACUUACGGCAUCGAUCUAUCAUCUGCUAGCAAGUUCCGCGCCGACACCAAGCUUGCCUCUGUAGCCAAGGGUGCUUCCACACCGUCCGGAUACUUCAACACCUUCACAAACUUGCAAGGCGCCAGCAGCGCUUAUGGAUACAUGGGCUACAAGGUGGUGGAAAGCUAUGAUCCUUCCCUGUGCGCGUCGGAGUGUGACUCGAAGUCUGGAUGUCUUAGCUUCAACAUCUACGUAGAGCGAGACCCUUCGGCAAACCCGGGGCCAGAUUGCCAGGACCCCGAAGCUGUUGCCAACAUCAAAUGCUCAUUCUGGGGCGGACCCGUCUACACCGACACGGCGACCAACACUGGACAGUGGCGAGAGAAGUUCGAGGUCGCCAUUGCUGGAAGCAAUGGCUACUCGUCUCUCAAGACACAGGCUGCUGACGGCUACAAACAGGUUGAGCUCAAGAACAGUGCGAUCAACUCUCCUCUCGACUGCAACAAGCAAGGAUCCUACAUGGGCUACAAGCUGUUCGUUGAGAACGCAUUUGAUGCCAAGCUCUGUGCAACUGCCUGCAAGGAAACCAACAAGUGGGCACUGGAACAUCCCCCUGCCACUGGCAAGCCACAGCUUUGUCGCUACUUCAACACCUACAUUCUGCUCAAGAACGGUGUAUCUCAGGGUCAAUACUGCUCCAUGUACACCCAAGAGUGGGACGCUUCCUUCGCCACGAAUGAUGGGCAAUACCGCGGCGACGACCACUACACUAUUCAGUACAGCUUUGGUUUCACUGACGAGAGCGAUGAUGGUGUACCUGUCUGCCCCAACGACAUAACCUACCUCCAGUCAAGCGGCAAGGAAUUCUGCAGCAGCUACAUUGGUUACGUCCAGCCGACUGAAACCAAGACAACUACCGCUACCUCGACACCUGCUCCCCAAACUCUUACCGUCACGAAGACAUCCAUGAGCUACAUCACUGCUGCACCUACAGUCACUGCUGCCCAGUUCGUUGAAAGACGCGUUCGACGUGCGGAAAACAGUACUGAAGUAACCAAUGAUGUCGUGGUUGACCCUUACGAGAUUUCCAUCGUGGCUGUCACGACUAUUACUCCCGAGGACGACCCAAGUAUGCCAAAGCUCAACGAUACUAUGGCAGCGGAGCUCAACAGGGCAGUUGAAAAGCGUGGCCUCGCGGCUCCAGCCUCUAUCUCAGCUUGGCCUACCAGCAAGAUCUCCGCAGCUUGCUCUCAAGUCGCCACCGGAACUACCACAAAGAUCGCAACGAUAACUGCAACUGCCAGUGUCCCCUAUGCAACGGCCUUCCAGACCGUAGUCGUUGUUGGAAGCACUUGCACAGCUCCCGCACCCAGGCCUACGGCUCCUUCAUAUACCAAGAUUGUUGGUGGCGACCCAUCGGAAGGCGUGCCUAUGGUACCUGGCCCCGCCGACGGCAGGCAUUACAACGAGAAAUUCAGUCUCGCCUUACCUUUCCCGGUCAAAAUCUUUGAGACCUCAUCCACACAGAUCUCCAUCAGUGUCGGAGGAGUGAUCACGGUCGGACCUUACACAUUCAAUGCCUUUGCCGACCAACUUUACGUCUAUGGCCCCGGUUGGAACCAAGGUCUGUUCUACCGUGUCGAUGGCGCCAUUGGCUCGCGCAAGAUCCACUUCUCUUGGUUCACAGGCAGCUACUCCUGGGGACACGAGCGCUUCCACAUCACAGCCACCUUUGACGAAGCCAAGCCUGGUGUUCUUGUUAGCAAGAUUUUCGACACUUGGGGUCAAGUCACUCCUAGACGUACCAUCUCUGUUACCGGCAAUGGCAAGAACAUCCCCUUCGCUUCGUAUGGCACCAACAAUGUAUAUGAGGGCCAGGCAAUCACUUUCGAUACUACAGGUGCCGGAAGCGUGUCGUCCAAGGACUUCGAUCGCAUCGACUGCUGCAAGAAGACUCCAUGGGAGUGGCACGUGUGCUCUGAGGUUUAG